AUGCAGAAAGCAUUUGAAACAAAAGCCAAAUUUGGUCAACAUCGGAAAGCUCAUUUCACCGAGAUUCAUGGAGGUUUUGUUUCACAAGUUGUCUUUAUCAAUUUCGAUUGGAUCGGUGAAAGUGUUGAGUUUCUGCCAAAGAAGGCCGUCGUUAAAGUGACUACGGCGCAAGAGUUGCAGAAAGUCGUUGAUCAGAUUUUGGCAAAGAGCUCGGACGAGUUUUCAGACAUUGGAGCAAUGAUCAACAAUAAUGAGCUAAACUUCUAUGAGAAUUGCAAGAAAUGGGGACUCGAUGAAGAUUGGAUUACGAGGUUCUAUUGCGGGAGAAAGGCUGGUCAUGGAAUUUCUUGCGGCUACAUCGCGCUUGAGUUGAUCGAAGGAAUCGAGGCUCGUUAUCAAUAUGAUUGUGUCAAAGAGCCAGCAUUUCUCGACAUUCUUAAAAUGGCCACCAACAUUCACUCGAGAGCUAUUUUAAACCCCGAUAUCGUGAACGAAAUCUCGAGAAAUGUCCCUGAAACGGUGUACGCACAAUUGUUUUCCGCUGAGUCAACUCAAUCCGUUUUGAAUACGAUUCUCAUCGAUGAACCGCAGAAAAAGGAUCAAAUCGAGCGCAUCAACAAGUUUGCACAAAUCUACGAUCAUCUGGAGAGAGAAAGAGCGAUUAAAAUGGAAACUUGUCCAAUGAAGCUUCUGUGCCACGGAGAUUUCACAAUCGCUAACUUUCUCUGGCAUCAAGUGGACAAUGUUUUGAAACCGAAGAUUGCACUCGAUUGGCAAAUGUGUCAUAUCGGGAAUCCAUUGACAGAUUUGGCUCGCCUUUUCGCAAUCUCUUUGUCGCCAGAGGAUCUCAAAAAUCGAAGGGAUUUCUAUUUGGAGUUUUACUUUGAGGAGCUGAAAAAAGAAGCUUUUCCAAAAGAGCUUCCAUGGGAAUCGAAAGAAAAGUUUAUCGAAGCUUUUGAGAAAACUUUCCCCAUCGAAAUGGUAAUUGUGACGUCGAUGUUGGUGCCGAUUGUUGACGCGAUGCUGAGGACUUGUCCGGAAUCGAAAAAAGAAAAAACUGCAAAAGAGUUCCGCCGAAAACUUUACGGAAUCCUCGAUGUUUGUGAAGAGUUUAUUGAGAAAUUUUAU